AUUCCUGUAACUGAGUUUAUGGCAGUUUGACAGUUUUUUUUGUUUUGUUUUAAGUUUCAAUCUUAAAACAGCUAACACAGUCACACUGACUUGCACUGACUUGAUUUGUUGUAGUAUAGUUUACCUGUCAACAACAACAACAAAAAAAUGUUUGGCUCUUGGCAUAUCAUGCUGUAAUCAUACGGUGUAAAUGUUCUGUGUAACUUCUUUUUUCCCCAUUCCAGCGGAUGUUUCCUCUUAAACGCAGGUCUGGGACACAUUUAAAACCAAUGACAAGUUCCUGCUAACCCACAGCAGGCACAAGAGUCUGUUAGAAGCUGUCUGAGGAGAAGGACUCCUACAUUCUGGUUUUAUCUCUGACGUCGUCAUCAUGAGAUUGUCUCCAGUUUCACCACAUCUGCUGGUGUUCAUAUCAGUCCUGUCACUCACACCGGUGAUAUUCUACCCAUUCGGCUCAGCAGCAGGAGACACACAAGUUCUUGAAACUGGGUCUGAAACCUCUGCAUUUGUUGCCUUCUCCACUCCAUUUAAGUUCUUUGGCCGCACAUACAGCCACACAUAUGUUAAUAAUAACGGACUCCUUACAUUCAACCAAGCUUUACCAGAAGCUCAACCUAACAUCUUUCCCACAUUUGGAAGUAGAGACUUCAUUGCUCCGCUCUGGGCGGACCUUGAUGACAUUAGUAUAGGCCUUUACUCCUAUCAGCAGUACACAAAUGGAAGUGUUCUCACUCGUGCCACUCAGGAUAUAAACCAGUAUUACCCUCAGAUGAACUUCAAUGCUUCUUGGGUCUUUGUUGCAACGUGGGACUUUGUUUUAACGUCAAAUAUAACUGUUUUAAAUCUUCACUUAGCACCGGCUAUCACUUUUCAAGUGGUUUUGGUUUCAGGUGGUGGUUAUUACUUCAUUUUGAUGAAUUAUUGUGACUGUGUUGCGAUAUCCAUUUCAGUGGAGGCAGGAUAUGACACCAUAAACUCCACUGACUACUAUCGGAUUCAUUAUUCAACUAAUGGCAACUACCUCCCAAACCUCAAGAACACAACUAACGUAAAUGUUCCGGGUCGCUGGGCCUUCCCUGUGAACGACAGACCAGUUCGUAGCUUUGAGCUCAAAUAUAGUCCUGAUGCUAAUGUGCUCUAG